AUUGAAAUUAUAAUAAUAUAACCACACAAUCAAAGACUGAAAAAAACAUAACCAAAGUAACAGGGUUAUGCAAAUCUAUCAUCACCAUAACAGCCAUAAUUUCUUCUUCUUUUUUCACUUUAUUCUCAACAUUCUUUGUUCCAUAUUCUUUCAAGAUAAUUUGUUGUCAUUUGAAUCAAUUUGUUUAUUUUGUUUUGUGUAUACACACAUUUAUAAUCGAUAACAUUAACACAUCAUCAUUUUCUGAUUCGAUCAAAUAUUUAUUGUUGUUAUCGAAUCAUCAUACAUAAUAAUCAUUGUGAUAAUUACAAUUCAUUCAAUUAUCUUCUGAAUUUUCAUUUCAAAUUUUUAAAUCUUGGAAAAAAAAGUCUUAGACGACUCAUAUUUCUUUUAUUCUCUUUGUUUCGUUUUUUUUGUUGCAAAUUUUGUGUUAAAUUUAUUUCGAUUAAUGUGAUCUAUAUUGAUCAAACGAAGAUUAUUUUCGCAAAUGUUUAAACAAAUUCAAAUGGGUUUGAAAGCAUUUUUGUUAUUCACUGCACGUGUUUGGUCAUGUAUUUGUUAUUCAAUAAAAAAACAAACUCGAGCGCUGAAACAACAUCAAACAGUUAAAUAUGACAUCUUACCAUUAUCGCCAUUAUCAGCACAUCGUUUAAAUCUUGUCAAACGGAAAACAUUGGUUCUUGAUCUUGAUGAAACUUUGAUACAUUCACAACAUGAUGGUAUAGCCAGACAAACUGUGAAACCGGGUACACCGCCCGAUUUUAUACUUCGUGUUACAAUUGAUCGUAAUCCAGUCAGAUUUUAUGUACAUAAAAGGCCACAUGUUGAUUAUUUUCUUGAUGUGGUGAGCAAUUGGUAUGAUUUGGUCGUAUUUACCGCCAGUAUGGAAAUAUAUGGACAAGCCGUUGCAGAUAAAUUGGAUAAUAAUCGUGGUAUAUUACGGAGACGUUUUUUUCGUCAACAUUGUACAUUAGAUUUUGGUAGCUAUACGAAAGAUUUGUCCACAAUUGUUGGUGAUCUAUCAAGUGUUUUUAUUCUGGACAAUAGUCCGGGUGCAUAUCGUUCUUAUCCAGACAAUGCUAUACCUAUUAAAUCAUGGUUUUGUGAUCCUACCGAUACUGCAUUAUUAAAUCUAUUACCUGUAUUGGAUGCAUUACGUUUUACGAGCGAUGUACGAUCCGUAUUAAGCCGCAAUCUUCAUCUGCAUAAAAUGUUUUGAAAAAAAUCUCAACAUCAUGCCUACAACUUAUUUUUUUAAAAAAAUUUUCUAUAAAAAAAAUGUCUAUUUUUCUUAA